AGAUGAAUUGCCGUCACCGCCUAUUCUUGGCCAUACCACGUCCCGCAUGCAGCACCAACAAGGGGGGAAAGGCCAACGAAGAGGGAAGAAAAAUAAGAAAUCGGCGAAUCCUUGAUGUGCCCCCGCCGGUUCGACGCCAAUUCUCCCGGUGUUCGACUCCCAUUCCUCAGCCCUGCUCGUUUUUGCCAGCCAAUUCGAUCAGGGCAGCGCGCCGGACCAGAGUUCUUGAUUUAAUCCUCGGCUGUGUGGUGGAUGGCGGGGCACCUCGUUCUUCUUCUCUUCCACGAGUUUAGGAGGUAGGGGAGCGGGAGGAGGGAGAUAGAUGGAGAGAGACGGGAUGGAGGGCAACAAUCUUCUGCAUUUUCUUGAUACCCCAAGCGCGCAUUACAGACUGAAUUGCGACGGAUUUGAAGCCGAAAAUGAUGCAGAUGAUCGUUCUGAUGCAUCAGAUCCAGCUAAUGCGAGGGAAUUGUUGGAGUGUUUGUUGAACCAACCAGCAAACAAAUUCUGUGCUGACUGUGGCAUUCCUGAUCCAAAAUGGGCGGCCUUGCCUUUUGGGGCGUUCAUUUGCAUUAAGUGCUCUGGAACUCAUAGAAGUCUUGGAGUGCACAUAUCAAAGGUGAUUUCAGUGAACCUGGAUGAGUGGACAGAUGAAGAAGUCCACUGUUUAGCUGAAUCAGGAGGAAAUUCUGUUGUUAACACAAGAUAUGAGGCUUUUUUACCCGAAAAUAAGAAAAUAAAACAAGAUUGCUCAACUGAAGAGCGUAAUGAUUUCAUUAGGAAAAAAUACCAGUUCCAACAGUUUGUGUGUGAUCCACAAUUUUCAUGCCCUUUACCACUUAAUAAAAAGCAAGCACAAGAUAAACACCAGCAGCACAAUAGCAACAAACAUGGUUUUGGUCAUGCUUUCAGGAAUAGCUGGAGGAAAAAGGAUUCAGAUAGCAAAGGACUAAAGAAAAUGUCGGAUGUGGGAAUGGUAGAAUUUGUUGGAUUAAUCAAGGUCAAUAUCGUAAAAGGCACAGAUUUAGCUGUUCGUGAUGUGAUGUCAAGCGAUCCAUAUGUCAUGAUUAAUCUAGGGCACCAGUCCAUGAAAACUAAGGUGAUAAAGAACACCCUGAAUCCUAUCUGGAACGAAAGACUAAUGCUUUCGAUCCCUGACCCAAUUCCGCCACUUAAACUGCAAGUAUUUGACAAGGACACAUUCAGCUCCGAUGACCGGAUGGGGGAGGCCGACGUGGACAUCCGGCCACUGAUUGCAGCAACGAAGGAGCAUGAGAACUCAACCAUCACCGAAUUGACGGAGCUUUACAGAUGGUCGGCCAGUGAAGACAGCAACGGUGUGCUUGCCAAGGACAGCGUGAUCUCCAUUGCCAAUGGCAAGGUGAAGCAGGACAUCACUCUGAAGCUCCAGAACGUCGAGCGCGGUGAGCUCGAGAUCGAGAUCGAGUGUGUGCCACUCAGCCAGUAGCAGCUUCAUAAUGCGACGGACACUGUCGUCUGGCAAUGCUCGGAGAGACCUUCACUUGUGUGUUUGCUCCGUGCCUCUAUUGUAGUGUACAUGUGUGAAAUAUGUUGUAUGGUAGAUAG